ACUGUGCGACUUUUUCACUCGCAGCGUUCAGCUUCAGCUCAAACUGUACGACUUCCUCGCAGAGCAGAUCUCACGAGUCGUGUGCUCACACUGUACGACCCAGUUCUCGCAUGCGACCUGACUGCUCACACUGUACGUCUGGUAGCAACACGUCGGCCCUAAAAAUGUGCUAAAAAUAGCAGUUUUUACUCAACACGUCAGACUUUUUUGUCUUGCCUGUUGUCCUUCGGGAGUGCUGCAGGAGGACACACAGGGAUUUAUGAGGGUUGGAUGAGGAAAACGAAAUAAAAGUGAAUCUGUGUUUUGUGAUCAGUUUAAUUUGACACGAACACGACAAACACGCUUUCUUGACAAUCUUUGUGAGUAAAAAAAACGUGUAGAAACAAAAACGAACAGCGUGUGUUAUUAGGAUAAUAGCGAGCGACCGGCGUUGAUGCAGGAUUGCGCAUGCGCCGUGAGCGGUUCUGAUACUUUUUUGGAUCGUAGCUGCUCGCAGCGCCGCUUCAACAGUGCGAUACCCUCACGAGGGACAAGCGAAAUAUUAAACACACCAGAAGUCCCUGCGACCUCACGACUGCUGAUCAGCGGCUGGUCACGUGGUGUUAAUCGCCUCUCGUAACCCCCUGUACACUACACGACCGCUCGGCGCAAAACUCGCCCCGAUGUCGUGGCUUCUCGCACGACUGGAAAAUCGGCUCAAAAAAGUGAAAAAGUCGCACAGUGUACGCCUGGCUUUAAUGAAGUAUUUUUAAGCCAGUAUAAAAAUGACUGAAACACAAAUUUACAUAUUUGGCAUUAUUGACCAAUAUCUUUGAUUUAAUUUACUUAAGAACAUCCAGAUGCAGUAAGGUUGGUUUAUGCUUGACUAGGGCUGGGCGAUCAUAUGAUCGUACUUUGUGAUCACGAUCAUUUUCAGUUCAAUUACGGUGAUCAGCUGGGAGUCUCGAUCAGAAAUAACAGAUGUUUGCAGCCUCAGUAGGGGGCGCUAACCCCCCAUGCGCGUUGGUUUCCCACCGCCAUUUAAGAAAAAGAAGAAGCAUUUGCAUUAACACUUUUACUGCUCCGCUACUUCGGUGAGGAGGUUUAAACAGAAUGGCCAAGCUGAAGACAGCGAAGUAGAUCCCAGUCAUGACUCGGAGUUGUCUUCUGGAGAUGAAGACAUUGUUCAGAAGAAAAGUUACUCAACGUCAGUUGUGUGGCGGUGGUUCGGGUAUCUCAAAAGUGACGUUGAGCAAAUCAAGCCGAUAUGCAAGGUAUGUCGGCGAAUGGUGCCUUCAAAAACUGGCAACACUACGAAUCUGUUUAAUCAUCUAAAGAAAUACCACCCAAGUGAUUAUACAGAGAGCGUGAAAAUGCGAGCAGAGUCCGGACAGCUUGUUAGCUUGUCUCAAAGUAGACUUAGCACUAGCGCGGCUGCUAGCAGUGGUCCAGCAGGCACUGGCGGUGCAGCUGCGCAACCAAAACAGCAGUCAAUCAUCUCGUCAUUUUCAGCUGUUGCACCGUACGAGCAGAACUCAAAGAGAAGCAAAACCAUCACAAAAGCUAUAACUUUUUGUAUCGCAAAAGACAUGAUGCCUCUGAACACAGUAGAGAAAGAAGGAUUUAAGCAUUUAAUCAAAGUGCUGGACCAGAGGUACGAAAUACCUGGCCGAAAGUAUUUUUCUCAAACCGCACUGCCACAGCUGUAUGAUGAAUGCAGAGAAAAGCUAGAGAUGGAUCUCAAAGAUGUUUCAUUCUUUGCAACUACCACUGACCUUUGGUCGAGUCGUUCAUCUGAGCCAUAUUUGAGUCUAACAAUACACUACAUUGACAAGGAGUGGACUCUUCAAAGCACAUGCCUGCAGACAGCAUAUUUUCCGGAGGACCACACAGCUGAAAUCAUCAGUCGGGGGCUGGAGGAUGCACUGGAAUCAUGGAACCUGAGCAAAGACCGCCAGGUGUGCAUCACAACAGAUAACGGAGCCAACAUAGUUAAAGCUGUUGCUCUCCAAGGAUGGACUCGGCUUCAGUGUUUUGGUCACCGGCUGCACUCCGCUAUAGGUGGAAGCAUGAAAGACGAGAGGAUUGUGAGAGCUGUUGGUGUGUCCAAAAAACUGGUCAGUGCUUUUUCUUACUCAUGGAAAAAGAAAAAAGCACUAGCAGCUGCCCAGGAUGAACUUAAACUGCCAAAGCACAAGUUGAUCACAGAAUCCCCCACCAGGUGGGGGUCGCGUCAUGCAAUGAUUGCAAGAAUUCUGGAGCAGGAGAAGGCCAUUGCAAAGGUUUUGUCAGAUGACAGAAAAAACAGGCACCUGAUUCCUUCAUGGCAGGACAUAGAUGUUCUAGAGUCUGUCCACAAGGCCCUGAAUCCCCUGGUUGACUUUACUGACGCCCUUUCUGGAGAAGCAUAUGUCAGUGUCUCUUGUGUGAAACCUGUCCUUCAGCUCUUUAAUGAAGAGGUCUUAAAGCCAGAUGAUACUGACACAGAACUUACCAAGGCCAUCAAGAAUUCAGUCACCUGCUACUUAAAUGAAAAAUAUGAUGAUGAUGUCACUGAUGACCUUCUGAGCAUGGCAACCCUUGUUGAUCCUCGCUUCAAGACCAACUACAUCCAGGCUGACAAAAAAGAGGCUUUAAAGAUCAACGCUGUGUCUCAGAUGUUUGACGAAUGGAAGACUUCACAGUCCAGACCAACUACCUCAGCAGAAGCCACAUCUUCAGCUGCACCAGUGAAAGUAACAAAAAAGACUAUUGGCAGCGUUUUCAAAAAGUCCUUUGCUGCUUCCACGUCUGGUCAAACAGAUGAACAAGCUGUAGAGGCUGAACUAAACAGUUACCUGCAAGUGCCAAAUGCAGACAGUGAAACCAAUCCACUGGUAUGGUGGAAGAUCCACUCCACAACAUAUCCCAGAGUUAGCCUCUUGGCAAAGCGGUACCUCUGUAUUCCUGCUACUAGCUCACCCUCAGAGAGGGCUUUUAGCACAGGUGGCAAUAUUGUGUCAUGCCACAGGGCAGCUUUAAAGCCAGAUGCUGUGAACAGGUUAGUGUUCCUAGCAAAAAAUCUGUCACCAAGUCCUAAGUAAUGUGCACCUCGCUUCAAGACCAACUACGUCCAGGCUGACAAAAUAGAGACUGUAAAAAUCAAGAUGCUGGAUGAAUGGAAGACUUCCCAGUCCAGACCAACUACCUCAGCAGAAGCCACAUCUUCAGUUACACCAAUGAAUGUAACAAAAAAAGACUCUUGGCACCUUUUUCAAAAAGCCUUUUGUUGCUUCCAUGUCUGGUCAAACAGAUGAACAGGCUGUAGUCCUAAGUAAUGUGCACCAGUGUUAUGUUCUAUUGUGUUUACAAGUUUUGCACAUUUUAUUCAUUUGGUUUGUAACAUGGCAAAUCUGAAAAUCAGGUUUACAGUUUAAACUUUGUUCUUUAGGUGUGUGAUUUUCUUUGCCAAAAAUACAGUUUAAUUUGAGUUCAGUUCUAAUUUUAUAUGUAUUUGUUUUGCAUUGUUUAAUUUUGUAGCUGCAACAUAGUUACACUGCAUUGUUAUCUAAGAUAAAGUGUUUACAAAUUCUGCACAUUUUAUUCAGUUGGUUUGUAGCACAGCAAAACUGACUUUCAGGUUUACAGUUUAAAGUUUGAUCUAUAGGUGUGUUAUUGUUUGCAUAAAAUAUUUGAUUAGAGAAUUCUGCACUGCUAAUUUUUAUAUUUUAUAUUUGUUUUCCGUUGUUUGAUUUUGUACCUGCAAAGAAGCUAAACAGUAUUGUUAAGAUUAAGUGCCAGUAGCUAUGGCAUAAAUGGCAUUUGCAUAUCACAGAUAAAGAAGUUUACAUUUUAGGGUAUGUUAAUUUUCCCAAAGCAAAUAAUUUGUUUAUUUUGUACCUGUAUAGCAUUAAAGACACACAGAAUGUCAAUAAAAGGUUUAACUAA